AACCCAGGGGCUGGAAAGGGAGGCUUGCUCAAAUUACCGCCUACAAAUUAGAGCAGUUUAGCCAAGAAGGGAAAGGAAUCCCAGCAAGCUCUGCUGGAGCCCCGCUGGCUGGCUUGGAGGGGUAGGAAAGAGAGAAAUCCAGCUGAUCUUGCAGCCAAGAUGAGCAGAGAUGAGAACUAUUAUGGCAAACAUGGGACACCACAAAAAUAUGACCCCACAUUCAAAGGUCCUAUUUAUGACAGGGGCUGCACAGACAUCAUCUGCUGUAUCCUUCUCUUCCUUGCCAUCAUUGGCUAUGUCAUCGUGGGAGUUGUGGCAUGGACUCACGGAGACCCCCGGAAAGUCAUCUACCCCACCAACAGCCGUGGGCAGUUCUGUGGCCAGCAGGGAACUCCGAACGAGAACAAGCCUUUCCUGUUCUACUUCAACAUUAUGAAGUGUGCCAGCCCUCUGGUAUUGCUGGAGUUCCAGUGUCCGACCACGCAGAUCUGUGUGACCAAAUGCCCAGACCGAUAUCUUACAUACCUAAAGGCCCAGAGCAGUGGGACUGUUUCCAAAAGUGACCUCCAGUACUACAAGGAUUUCUGUGUCCCAGAGUUCACAAACCUAAAGAAGCCCAUGCCUGAAGUGCUGAGGGAUGGAGAUUGUCCAGCCAUGAUCACACCCAGCACGCCCUUGGCUCGCCGGUGUUUCCCAGCCUUCAGUGUCAAGAAAGGGGUCAUCAUGGUUGGAAACAAGACAACCUUUGAUGAUGGAGUGAACCAUCAGAGAAAUGUGUCUGAGCUGCUGGAGGGGGCCAAGAAAGCAAAUGUGGUUCUGGAAGCAAGACAACUGGCCAUGAAGAUCUUUGAAGAUUACACAGUUUCCUGGUACUGGAUAAUAAUAGGUCUAGUCAUUGCCAUGGUGGCCAGCCUCAUCUUCGUCAUCCUUCUCCGCUUCCUGGCAGGAAUCAUGGUCUGGGUGAUGAUUGUGAUGGUGAUCCUGGUGCUUGGAUAUGGCAUCUUCCAUUGUUACAUGGAGUACAGCAAACUGAAAGGAGAGGCAGGCUCUGACGUUUCCCUGAUGGACCUGGGCUUCCAGACAGACCUGCGAGUCUAUCUCCACCUGAAGCAGACCUGGCUGGCCUUCAUGAUUAUCCUGUGCAUCCUGGAAGUUGUCAUUAUCCUAUUGCUCAUCUUCCUCCGUAAGAGGAUCCUUAUUGCCAUUGCGCUCAUCAAGGAAGCCAGCCGGGCUAUUGGCCACAUCAUGACAUCCCUCCUGUUUCCUCUCUGCACCUUCUUCUUGUUGUGUCUCUGUAUCGCUUACUGGGCCAGCACUGCUGUAUUCUUAUCUACCUCGAAUGAGGCUGUCUACAAGGUCUUCAAUGAGACACCGUGUGCAUUUGCUGGACAGACCUGUAAACCAGAGACAUUUAAUACCACCAACAUCACCAAACAGUGCCCAGAUGCUCGCUGCCUCUUUGCCUUCUACGGAGGUGAGACGGCCUAUCACAAAUACCUCAUCUUCCUCCAGUUCUAUAAUGUCUUCAUGUUUUUCUGGCUGGCCAACUUUGUGAUAGCAUUGGGACAAGUCACCCUUGCUGGUGCCUUUGCAUCUUACUACUGGGCCUUCAAGAAGCCUGAUGACAUCCCAGCUUUUCCCCUGUUCUCAUCCUUUGGGCGUGCACUCAGGUACCACACUGGCUCGCUGGCUUUUGGGUCUCUGAUUCUUGCCAUUGUCCAGGUCAUCAGAGUCAUUUUAGAAUAUCUGGACCACAGGCUGAAAGUUGCUGAGAACAAAUUUGCCAAGUUCCUCCUGAGCUGUCUCAAGUGCUGCUUUUGGUGCCUUGAAAAAUGUCUCAAGUUCCUGACCAGGAAUGCAUACAUCAUGGUUGCCAUCUAUGGUACCAACUUCUGCACUUCUGCCAGGAAUGCCUUCUUCCUGCUCAUGAGAAACAUCAUUAGGGUGGCUGUUUUGGAUAAAGUCACCGAUUUCCUGCUCUUCCUUGGAAAACUCCUUAUUGUGGGAAGUGUUGGAAUUCUUGCCUUCUUCUUCUUCACCCAGCGAAUAAAACUGGUGCAGGAUUCAGCCCCACCUCUGAAUUAUUACUGGGUCCCUAUCCUGACAGUGAUCGUGGGUUCCUAUCUCAUUGCGCAUGGAUUCUUCAGUGUCUACGGGAUGUGUGUGGACACCCUCUUCCUCUGCUUCUGUGAAGAUCUGGAGAGGAAUGAUGGAUCUCCUGAGCGACCUUACUACAUGUCUCCGGCACUGAGUGAGAUCCUGCUGAAGGGGAGCCUAGAGUCAUCUAAAAGCGCCGAUAGUCAAGGAUAGGGCUUGAGUGAGCAGGAAAGGCAUGGAGUAUUUGUGUGUUUUGUGGGGAAAACUUUUGCUUGCCCUGUCAAUCUGUCCUGGGUGGUAUUCAUUCAAGACUACCCUAGUCGUGGCAGAACAGAAAUGUUCAUCUGGACGUCUUUGGGAUUCCUGAGGAUACAGAGCUGAGGGGGCAUUAAUUUCUUGGGCAGUAAAAAUGGGCAAAUGUUGUAUCUUUCUUUCUGCUAACAAAUAUUCUUUGCAUCAAAUGGGUGGAAGCAUCACUGAUGAAAUUCAAACAAAUCCGAUUUCCCUCUCAUCUGUUUGUGCGUGGCAGGUAACUUUCAGCCCUAACCACCGAGACUCUGAACCCAAAGUCUGAAGCUAAAGCUGGCUUUUAUAUAUGCCUGGGAUAAUGUAUAUUGAGUUUUAAAAAAAAGUUACCUUGUGUUUUCCUCUGUCCUUGGUCACCAGUUAUGAAAGGGACACUGUAGUUAUUUCUGGAAUGUUUUUUACAAAUGAAUUGAAGUUUGCUCUGGUUGGGGGAAGUGAUUUCUCCUUGUACUUGGCAUGGUGUUAGGCUGAAGAAUGUUUAAGAACUCAAAGCUGUCCACGUGUUGGCUUGUCUCAGAUGCAGCUGGGUUUUUUUCUUUUUAGUUGCUCUGCCCACAGCUAGCUGAAAAGAGCAACAGUCUCCUUGCUGCUCUUUCUAUGCAAAAAGCAGUCAGCAAACUAGAGGGUUUCUUAACGAGCAGCAAGUUUUGCUUUCAUAGUUUCAUAGUUGUUAGGGUUUUCUAAUCUGUUAGGCCAGCAAUGCCCCUGAAAACUUUUCACCCCAGAGCACAUUGCUCUGUGUUUACAGCAGGAACCUUACAGCUGUUAUUUCCUCACACAGUUGUUUUAGAAAUGAGACUGAACAAGUUGGCAGGUUCUUUAAUUAGUGAAAAAGCAGCUUUUUGAUCUUUUAUUGGUGCACACAGCUUGCCUUUUUGCAUAGACUUCAAUCGGUUUCUCGCAUCUUGUGGUUGCCUAUAAACCUACGAGGGGCUAAGUGGAAGGCAGUAGAUUUUUGUAGUAACUAGCUUUCUGGGACUUUGCUCAUGUCAGGGCAAGUCAGCUCAGCUGAUGUCUGCUCCACAGUCUUUCCCCAGCAUAAGUAGAGAGAUGAGGAAAGUAACUUUUGCACCGUGAUGUGGCCUGUGAGUGUCUUAAAUGAUAAAGCUCUGGCAUUUUCUUAGCUUUCAACUAAUGUGCAGUUCUGGGGGGGAUCAGGUAGGUGACAACUUGUCCUAGGUGUAGGAGCCUACACCUCUAUGGAACUGACUCCAUGGGUUAUUGGAUAUAGGGAAACUUUUAAAGUUUAUAACUCUGUGUCAGGGAAUACAUGACAAGGACCAGAAAGACUUCUGUACAUAAGAGGAAACAGAAAAAAAUGUUCUUUCCCUUAGAGACUGCCUGUGCUGGGCUCAUGCAAUCACGACCAGCUCUUGCAUUUUUAAUUCUUAUCCAAACAAGGCUUCUGUCUUUUGAAUCAUUCUCCCAGGACAAAGCUGUAGACAUUUAAAACUGCCAGGUUCAUCACCAUGCUGUAACCCUCCAAAAAUUCUAGGGUUUUCCCUGAGCUCUGACAGUCUGGUUUGUGUUUUUUUUAAGGCUGUUCUAUGAUUUUUUUUCUUGGACUAGCUGAAAUGCUUUGAACAGCUAGAGAAUCAGAACAACGUAUUCUGUACUGGGAGUGUGCCUAAUUUUGAUGUCUUGUAGUAUACGUUGAUGAGGGUGUUGUCCACAAGGCGAGGUGUGCCAAAAGGAAUGACAAGUGACUUUACACCCAAGUCACAAGCAGUUACAGUGCUUGGAGGAGUAAGGGGAGUGUCUUGUCUCACUGCACUAUCACCUCAUGAGAGGGUGUCCUCCAUGUCCUCUCAAACCACCUGCCUGCUCACCGAAACCUUCUUCCAAAUGGUUGUUGAUAACACAGCCUUCCUUUGGGAGUCCACUGCUCUGUUCCUAAAACAGUGUGGUUCUGACUUCUAGGUUUUAGAAGAGAAACAGGAACCAGUGUCUGAUAACAAGCAGAAAGCCAUGUAGUUCUCUCAAGGUAUCCCAGUAUUAAGUGAGGAAGCUGAUUUUUCUGACCAGGUUAGAGGCACUCUUUGAUUCCUGUUCUACUGGGCAGCAGCUAUGGCAUUAUUAUUCAGGCAGCUGAGGACAUCAGUUGACCUCAUGGCUUAUUGCUCUUCACUCCCAGAGGCAUUAAUGAUCAUCUCUCCUUUUUAAAGGUCUUGAUAUUCCACUAAUCAAGCUAACCUUUCUAAGGGCAGUUUUGGUGUCUCCUUGCUUCUGCUGGUCUCUCUCUCUCUCCUCCUGUUUCACAGCCUUGGAGAUGCUUCAGCUCCUUUCAGACUCAUAGAUCCACACACAGAGACCAGUCUGCAGCAGCAGGUAGGGUUCCAGUUUUAAUUAAGGAGGAAAGGGAGGAUGAGGCUAUGUUCUUGCUGUAUGCAGCCAUAACUCUGAAAACAUCUUUUUUUCCCCUUCAUUUUGUUUCAAAAACAAGGUGCAUAUAAUAGUCCAGGGCAUGGUUUAUGUAAGAAAAUAUGGUAUUUUCCAAACAAGUAGGACACCUAUUCUUUUAGGACCUAACUACCUCUAGGCUCCUUGCUGCCCUUCUAUGGCUUUCUGAGACUGUUGCAAUAACACUCCAGCAUCUGACUUUGUCUGAAUCAUAAAAAGCUUAUGCAUGUUGAUAUAAGGUCAUCUGCUAUUUUAAUGGGACCAACGGCAAAUUGCUUAGCCCUUGCCAAGAGGAUGCCCCGUACCUUCUGUAACUGGUUCCCAGGCAAAAUGUUAUAUUCAUGCACUA